AUGUCUGUUGCCUGGAACGUUCAGAACGGAGAAAUUGACGCUGUCAAGCAGGCGGUCGAUGCGAAAAACGUUCAUGAGAUUUACAAUGGACGCACCGCCGUGCAAAUCGCCGCCGACUACGGACAAACUGCUGUGAUCGACUAUUUGAUCAGCAUUGGGGCCAACAUUCAGGCAUGAAUUGUGUCUGUCCAUUUCAACAAUUAUUGAUUCAGGAGAAGGACAAGUACGGAAUUACGCCGCUUCUCUCGGCGGUCUGGGAGGGCCACGUGGACACCGUCAAACUGCUGCUUGAGCACGUGAGUUUUGAAAAACAGAAUUUGAACAGAAACUAUAGUUUGGUUGUUCAGGGAGCCGACCGCACUGUCCACGCUCCGGAUGGCACUGCUCUCAUCGAUUGCACCGAGGAGACGGAGAUCCGCGAGCUGCUGAAGAGCUAG